AUGCUGAAAUUCCAAGUAAAAGCAUCUUCUGACCUAAGGACGCGCCAUCGUUCGACGGCUUCGCCAAACUCCAUCAGAAGCCAAUGUCCUCCACCGUUACCUCCGCACAGAACGCUGAUUCACGUCAGGAACGGCGAGAGUCCCAGCUGUUCUUCCUCGACCUCUGGCUCCAGCUUAGAUCUGUCACCGUCAGGAGGAUCCAGCUUCAGAAAAUCGACCUCGAUGAGUUCGCUGAGCUCAAUUGACAGUGCUGACUCGUUAGAGGGGGUAGGUUACUGUAAUUUUUUUGACCAUUAGUACUGUAGGUUACAAUAAUUCCUUAUCUUUAUGCUUAAUACCUGAUAGUAUCAUAUCAGUCCAUAUAUAUGUACUUAUAUUGUCACCUUUUAGGGCUAUGUCAAAGUAUUUACCGGCAAUAUAAAAGCAGAUACAGACUACAAGACAAUAAAGGCUACCAACAACACCACGGCCAAGAUGAUCAUCAGCAUGGUAAUGGCCAAGUUCCGUCUAACAUACAAAGACAGUAACCUCUUCCGCCUCUGUAUGGAGAUUCAGACCCCACAUCAUGGUGAAUAUAUCAAAACGCUGCUUGAGUUGGGUGAGUUUUUCUCUUUAAUGCCUACUACAAUAUAAUUUAAUGCUAUGUUAUUCAUAUAUUUAGCGCAAUGUUGUUCAUGACAUGUAUAAUAUAUAAAUUCGGUAUAAAAAUGAACCUAUAACAACCUUAUUUUGCCCUUAUUUCACUGGAUAUUCAUGUAUAAUGUCAAUGUUAUUGUAGAUGAAAGCGCCAGAGUGUUAGACCUCCAGAAGUGUCAUCCUCAACAUCUGUGCCGUUUCCUUCUGAUCAUGGUCGACGAUGCUGUGCUAACCAGGAUCGACGACUCAGCUCUCUGCCCCCAGUCCAACUACAAGUCUCUGCUUCUGGCCAGGAACACGACUGCCAAGGAAGUGGUGGUUCUGCUUCUGAAUCUGUGUAGAAUGCCAGAAGUCAGGGACUGUCGUCUGUUUCUGAAGCACGGUGACAUCGAAGCACCGUUGCCUGACGAUGCCCUUGUAGCUGACAUAUAUCUGGAUUUGCUCAGUAAUCAGAAGUUGCUCAUCAAGAGGAUCUAA